AUGUCGAGUGGCCGCCUAGCGGCUGUUCUGCUUCUGCAUUUACUCGGCGUUCUUGUCAAUUCUUCAGAUUUCCCGGACCAAUAUGAAAUUGCCAACAAAAUUCUGGACAAGUACAACGCCGGGUUGAUACCGGUGUCCAAGACGAAGCAACCGAUUCAAGUUCAUUUUUCGAUGGAGUUAUAUCAGAUUAUUUCGGUGAACGAACCACAGCAAUAUCUGAUGUUGAAUGCGUGGGUAGUUGAGCGUUGGACAGACCAUUUGCUCGGCUGGGACCCUGAAAAAUACGGGAAUGUUACUGAAAUUAUGCUACCUCAUAACUAUAUAUGGCUGCCUGAUACGACGCUAUAUAAUUCAUUAGUAAUGAAAGACGACGAAAACCGUCGUCUCCUUCAUGCGAAAGUGACAACACUUGGGGAAGGAAAUGGUGCAUUUAUAGAGUUGCUCUACCCGACUAUUUACAAAUUAUCGUGUCUAUUGAAUCUCAGAUUCUUUCCGUUUGAUGUGCAGUCCUGCCGCCUUCUAUUCGGUAGUUGGACAUUUGACAACACAAAAAUCGACUAUUUCGCUUUUAACGAAAGUCAAGCGAUUGGAACGACCAACUGUAUUGAGAACGAGGGAUGGAAUGUAUUGUCGACAAGUGUGAUCCGUCAUGAGAACAAGUAUGAUUGUUGUCCGAAUAACUACACUCUUCUGGAAUUUCGGUUGACAAUCCAGAGGAAGCCAUUGUAUUAUAUCAUCAAUUUGAUCAUACCGACAUCGAUCAUCACGUUUAUUUCAAUUAUUGGAUUCUUUAGCACCUCCUCGAUAAACGAGCCGCGGGAGGAGAAGAUCACUCUGGGUAUCACCACACUCCUGUCCAUGUCAAUUCUAAUCUUUAUGGUGUCUGACAAGAUGCCGUCCACCUCUUCAUUCAUCCCUCUAAUCGGUCUAUUCUACACCUCAAUGAUCCUUCUGAUCUCCUUCUCCACAAUCUGUUCUUCCGUUGUGAUCUACGUUCAGAAACAGGGAAAUCUGGGGAAUCCGCCGUCGAAGAGUCUGAUGAAUAUAGCGAGAGGAGUGAAUCGAUUCAUCCGAAUGGAGAUGCCGUUGAUCAUGAAACAGGCGUAUGCUCAGAAGGCGAGGGAGGAGAAGUUGAGGAGACAACAGAUGGGAAGAAAACAGAGUCUGUGGACGAGGGUUUAUAAGUUGGCAAGGGAACAAGCACUUCGCAAGACAUCACAAAACUCGUCGAAAUUCAACGAAGUGUUGACACCAGAGAAACUAAUCGAUAAUGGUGGCGGGAAGAGGUGUACGAUUAACAAGGAUGUCACUUGUAUUAGCGAUUCCGGAAUCGUGGCAAUGGGCGUGCCCACUCUGGCAUCAGAAGACGAGGAUCAAGACGUCUCUUUACUUGAAAUGGAGACCACGCCCACUCCGGCAAUGCAGCGACCGACGAGACUACAUAAAGCCUCGACUUGUGGCAGUUUUGACAGUAUGAUGUUCCGGCAAAUUGAGGUACCCGUCUCACCGCGUACCGCCCGUAAUUUGGCUGAAAUCGAGUACGAUUGGUUGGCGGCUCUUCUCGAGCGAAUCUUCUUAAUCACAUUUCUUUUCAUAUUCGUUUUAACCUCAAUCGGAAUCAAUUUAAUCGGUUUUUUCUACUGGUGGAUGGCACCGGAUACAGUAAGAGUCUAG